AUGUUGAUAGAUGGUUAUGCUACAGUGUUGCUUGAUUUACUGUGUUUCAAUCAGAAUCUGAGGAAAGCUAUUGUGACAGUAACAGGGAAUGUGGUGGUGUGCACCAGUGACGGUGUGGCCCAAAGUAUUGCUUAUAAUGAAAACAACAGAUGUGAUGCUGUGACACUUGAAGGGACAUUAUACAAAAGGAGUGGUCUAAUUGUUGGAGGAAUGAUGGAGUUAGAGCGUAGAUCAGAGCGAUGGCUGUCUCAAGACAUCAUAGAACUUAGACUGCAGAAGAAACAGCUGGAAAAGGAAGUGAAGGACAUCAACUUAACCAUUAAUAAAAGAAUACAACAAAAGUCUGCUGUUGAAACAGAUAUAUUUGAACUAGAAUCGGAGAUGAGUAAAUAUAAAGCAUUGCUGAAGAACAUUGAAAAUGAGAUGACUUACACCGAACAGAGAACUGCUCAGAUUAAGAGCAAUAUUCAGACAUCAGAGGGCAACGCAGGACAGCGGCAGCGCGACGCGGAGCGACAAGGCGCAGAGGUGCCUAAGCAGCCAGCGUUCGAGUCCGGGGGUCCGGGCCGAGCAGCAGCAGAAGCGGCAGCAGCCGUAGCAGCGGCAGCCGAGGAGAGCGACGGGGUCGGCACAGCCCAGCAGAGCGGCGGCCGGCGCAUCGCAGCAGCGCGGGACAGCGCGGGCGCAGAGACAGCGCGGAGCAGUGCGGAGCAGCGCGGGACAGCGCGGGCGCAGAGACAGCGCGGAGCAGUGCGGAACAGCGCGGGACAGCGCGGGCACAAAGAGAGCGCGGAGCAGCGCGGGACAGCGCGGGACAGCGCGGGCACAAGGAGAGCGCGAAGCAGCGCAGGACGACGCGAGCCAACGGAGCAGACGGCGCACCACAAAAAGAAGCGGUAUGGCACUCAAGUGAAUAUCAUCACUGAUGUGAGAAAUAAAUUGGCGGAACGUCAGAAGUUGAUGGACGAUCUACGACAAAAGAUUGAAUCCAUUAAGGAUCAUGUGUUCCAGAAUUUCCUCAGAGAGUUAGGGAGUCCCAGCAUUUAUGUGUUUGAACAGCGUGAUUACAGGAUAUACAAGGAGAAACUUACAAAGAAACUAGAACUGCAGGAAAAGCUGGAGUUCCUAAAGCAGCAAAAGAAUUUUGAAUUGUCCCAGAGUACUGCAGAAGAUUUAAAAAUAUUUAGGUUUCAUCUGUCUGUCCUUGUACCCAAAGAAAAUAGAUUGAAACUAGACUCCAAAAACAAGGUAGAUCUAUUUAUGGGUUAUGAUAAUGAUGUGAAGGGGUACAGAAUAUUUAAACCCUCCACAAAGAAAAUUGAGGUGCAUCAAGAUGCAGUUUUCUUGACACCAGCAGUAUCUCAAAGUGAGAAAAAACCUGAUGUUCCUGCAAUAGAAUCAGAUACAAUUUGUUGUGAUGAUAGGUUUUGUUGUGGUGAAGAGGACAUAGAUAUAACUUCAGAAUCAGAGGAGCAGAAAGAAGAAAUGAGGACUGAGGUUCUGGAAGAGAAUACAAGCCAGCUUAGAGAAGAACAAGACAUCAGUGAAGAUAGAGAAGUUUCUUUUGAGAAUGCAGAAGAAACCGUAGAUGAUGAACAUUCUAACCCAAGAACACUGUAA